AUGAAGAGUGCAAGUGUGUGGUUAGUUGUGGCUGCCUCCGUGGUCGGUGCAUUGGGAACUGGAGAAACUGUACCGCAACCCGUGGAUAACAAAAAGAACGAGAAGCGGGGACUCUACGGCUUGGGGUAUGGAGGAGGAGGUGCCUUAGGAGGAGGCAGCUUCGCUGGUUACGGAGGCCUCGGUAGCUAUGCCAGUGGAUACGGAGGAGGUGCCGGCAUCGGUGCAUAUGGAGGUGGAGGCGGCUACGGUGGUGGAUACGGAGGAGGUGCCGGCAUCGGUGCAUAUGGAGGUGGAGGCGGCUACGGUGGUGGAUACGGAGGAGGUGCCGGCAUCGGUGCAUAUGGAGGUGGAGGCGGCUACGGUGGUGGAUACGGAGGAGCUGGUCUCGGCAUUGGCGGUGUUGCAGCUGGUGGAGCAGGAGGUGGGGCUGGUGGCGUCGGAGGUGCGUCUGGAGUCAGCGUCGGGACUGCACUGGUGGUCCGGCAGACGGUGCCCUAUCCCGUUCCCUACGCAGUCACACGUGACGUCCACGUGCCCGUAUUUGUGCCGCGGCCUGUGCCCGUCCUAGUGGCCAGAGGAGGAGCUGUUGGUGCAGCUGGUCUAGGAGGAGGCGCUGGGUUCGGUCUAGGAGGAGGCGCUGGGUUCGGUCUAGGAGGCGGCAUCGGAGGUUACGGGGGCGGCAUCGGAGGUUACGGAGGCGGCUACGGUCUCACAGGCGGCUUUGGCGCGGGCAGCUAUGGCAUCGGUGGUGGUGGUGGUGGUUUUGGAGAUAACUAUCCACAUCACGGCUGUAACUACAGCACAGGUGUCACACCAAUCAAUGAAUUAAUCUCAGACCUCCUGUGCACGAAUUGUCUGUGA